ACUGCAAGAUGAGCCGUCGCAAGUAGAGUGUGGACACUUGGGAAGGGAGAGUCUAAGACAUAUAACCGCGCCGCCAAGCAGCAUCUAUCCGCGAUUACCUUGGGAUCGAGGACGUCGGAAGACUGACGGAGAGAAAACAACGACAAUCGCCGUUUGCCCUUGUCGUACUCGGAAUCCUCCUCGGUUGGAACAAUGCAGUCGCGUUCUCUCGUCUUGGCCGGCCUCGUGGCUUGCGCUCAAGCUCUCGACACGGUUCAAUACGGCGCCUUCUUGGCCACAGCCACCUACUCAGUCGCCAACCAGCUCGGCUUCUUCCCCGAGAACGGGCUCAACGUCGUCUACAACCAGGUCCCCAACAGCACCGCCGCCUUCGCGUCCGUCCUCAGCGGCGAAUACGACAUCCUGACGGCGACGGUGGACAAUGCGCUCAACUACCGCUUCAACCAGAACCAGGAGGUGACUGUCCUUGGCCAGUUGGACCAAGGGCCGGACCUGGUGCUUGCGUCGAUUCCGUCCAUUACCAGCAUCGACCAGCUGAGGGGGAAGCCGAUUAUUGUCGACUCGCCGCUGAGUGGGUAUGCGUAUCUGCUGCAGGAGGUUUUGGCUACACACGGUUUGACGCUGGCUAACAACGACUACUACUUCAUGACCGUCGGUGGAACUCCGUCACGAUUCUCGGCCCUCGUCAACGAGGCUCUGCCGAAUGGAACCGCCGUCUACGCCACCAUCCUCACCUAUCCCUUCACCGUCGAGGGCCAAAACCUCCCCUCGGGCCAGGCCCCCAACAUCCUCGCCCGCAUCUCCGACGUCGUCUACCCCAUCACCUCGAGCGCCUUCACUAUCCGAGAGUCGUCCCUGGCUAGCAAAACGGAGACAGCCCUCCUAACACGCUUCAUGACGUCCAUGUAUGCCGCCAACAAGUUCCUGCUCAACCCAAGGAACAAGCGGUGUUCCAUCCAGGCCCUCGUCAAGCAGCUAGGUGUCUCACAGAAUGUCGCCGCGCAGGAGUAUGCUUCUGCUGUCAACUGGCUAUCGGGAGAGGUGUCGCCGCCGCGCAACGACUUCUCCGUCAGCCAGACGGGCAUUAUGAACGAUGUCCAGGUCAGGUUGCAGUUCGGCGGCUUCAGCACCCCCGCGGAUUUCAACUUUACUGCUGCUUUGGUUCCGGGCAAGGGAAAUCUCAUUGACUACUCUGUCAGGAAUGUCGCCAUUGCGCAGUAUCUGAAGCAUCCCUUGAAGGGCAACUGUACUCUUCCUCACUAG